CUGUGCGGACGCGAGCCUACGACCUGAGAAGCCGAGCGAACGCGCGCCCGCCGCGCCAGUGCGCCUGCGCGAAGCCCUAGCGCUAGCCUGGUCGCGCCGGACGGUUGUCGCUCAUCGGGCGGCUAUGGGGGAGGCUGAAGUAGGCGGCGCGGGCCCCCCGGGCGACAAGGGCCCAGGCGAGGCGGCCCCGAGCCCCGCCGAGGAGACGGUGGUGUGGAGCCCAGAGGUCGAGGUGUGCCUCUUCCACGCCAUGCUGGGCCACAAGCCUGUCGGAGUGAAUCGACACUUCCACAUGAUUUGUAUCCGGGACAAGUUCAGCCAGAAUAUCGGGCGCCAGGUCCCAUCCAAGGUCAUCUGGGACCAUCUGAGCACCAUGUAUGACAUGCAGGCACUGCAUGAGUCUGAGAUUCUUCCAUUCCCAAAUCCAGAGAGGAACUUUGUCCUUCCAGAAGAGAUCAUUCAGGAGGUCCGAGAAGGAAAAGUGGUCAUUGAAGAAGAAAUGAAGGAGGAGAUGAAGGAGGAUGUGGACCCCCACAAUGGGACUGAUGAUGUUUUUUCAUCUUCAGGGAGCUUGGGGAAAGCAUUAGAAAAAUCCAGCAAAGACAAAGAGAAGAACUCAGACUUGGGGUGCAAAGAAGGGGCAGACAAGCGGAAACGCAGCCGGGUCACCGACAAAGUCUUGACUGCCAACAGUAAUCCCUCCAGCCCCAGUGCCGCCAAACGGCGCCGAACAUAGACACCUCAGCCCCAGGUUGCCACAGAGGUUCCAAUGCUGCAAGCCCCUACUGCCUCCUCAGGUCCCUGGGUGAAUAUGGCUGCCCAGCAGAUGCUAGUGGGGGUACUGCUGUGUUAUCAGACCAUCAGAGCUCCCUCAUGGCCCAAAGACCAGGGGCAACCCUGCUUGGAUGUGAAGCCUCUGAGCCUGCUCUUGCCUUUUCCUGGUUGGCUCCAUCUAUGCCCUGGAUGCAUUGAGAGGAGCAGGUAUGUGGGACCAGAGGACCAAAAGUCAGCAAGCAAUAAAAUGCCAUCUUCACUAUCCUUAGAAGGAGCUGCUGGUCUUCCCUGGAUGCCUGUUCUUUGCAUCUGCUUAUCCUUCUGUAAGACUCCAGUCUGCACUGGGGGCAUCUUUGGAGGUCCCACGCACCCUACUGCACAGGCCUCCCCGUCUGGGAAACAGAACUGGGUGUUUUGCCUCAUUCACUUAUACUGUAAAAAAUGUAUAUAAUUUGGUUGGUAUUUCACUAUUUAAAUCUUAAGAAGCCUAUUUUACUAGUGUUUUGUAUGAGAAAGAAUACUGCAGAAAUUGUUGAAUUUUUUUCUGAGAUGUUUUGUUUUAAGGUUACUACUGAGGUAUGUCUGGCUAUGUUUUUAUAUGUCAUAUACAGAGAAUUUGUAGUGGUUAUUUUUGUAAUUUUAGUAACUUGCCAAAAGACCAAAUGAAGGUGUGGACAGAAAGGCAUGGCCAGUGCACUCACACAGUGGUGGCCUGUUGGUUGAAGUAUGCACUCAUUUACAGAACAUUAAAGCACAAAAAAAUCAACCUGUAA